AUGAUUGCGGGGCAGAACCAUCGGGACGAAGUUCCUUACACCCUUCAGUCAGAAGCCCAGAGAAUCUACGAGGUCAUUGUCGCAGACCCUCGUCUUAACCUCCCGGAGGAAGUGAAACGAUGGAAAGAUCACGUCCAAUUUACUGGGGAUGAAACGGAUCCUUUCUUCCCUGUUCCGUUCAAAGCAGCAGAAUCCCAAGCUGGUCUCCUUGGCUACAUUGGACUUUUGGCUCUUGCCAUCGCUCAAGAUCGAUAUGGAAUUGAGCAAGAGUGUCACAUUGAUGUUUCGCAGGCCUUGCUCAAUGGACUCGGCGCUCUGUUCGUCCGCCAUGAGAGCGAAUGGUUAUCUGGCAGUCCGAAGAUGAUGGCCGCUGUCCAGCGCUGGGAUCACGGUAUGACCCGAGAGCUUUAUCGACAGCUGGGCACAAACAUAUACAAGUCGAAAGAUGGACGAUGGUACUCUCUCCACGGCAACAUGAAUCCCACGCCACUCUUGGAGAUGCUGAACGUUCCACAGCACGAUGAGAAGAACUUGACCUGGCCACAAAUCAUCGAAAUGUACAGCAACGUCGUCGGGACCAUUGACUCAAAGGUUCUCGACAACUGGAGUAACAACGUCUAUCGAACUCCCGGCACAGUAUGCCUCGAAAAGGAAGAGUUCGAAUCCACUCCUCAGGGUAAAGCAAUAAAAGAUGAACCAUACUACAACUUGAUUCCACAAACGCAUUAUACCCAACCUGCCGUGUCCUGGGACCAAGUGCCUGUCGACCCCUCCGACCGUAGACCGCUGUCUGGAAUUAAAGUCCUGGACCUUUCACGCGCGAUUGCCGCGCCCACCAUUGGCCGCGUCUGCGCAGCUUUGGGGGCGACUGUUAUCCGUGUGUCCUGCGUAAAGAACACCGAGCUGCCCAUCACACUCAUUGACGGUUGUAUUGGCAAGACCAGUGUCGACAUCGACCUCAAGACCUUCGAGGGGAGAAAGAAGCUGCUCGAGCUAAUCGAGGAGGCUGAUGUUUUCAUUGACGGCUAUCGUCCUGCCGUAAUGGAACAUCUCGGUUUUGGCCGCGACGCCGUGCUGGGUUUGGUGGCGAAUCGAGAUCGAGGCCUUAUUUAUUGCCAGGAAAAUUGCUACGGCUGGAAAGGCCCGUGGGUCACAAGACCAGGCUGGGCACAGAUCGCUGAUACUGUUUGCGGUGUUGGUCUUGACAUUGGCCGAUUCCACGGAUACGACGAGCCACACAUCUUCCCCGGCCCGAAUGCCGACUACCUGACAGGCCAUGCUGGCGCCGCCGGGGUCCUACAUGGUCUCUAUCUGCGCAGUCGCCAAGGGGGAUCGUACGUGGUCCAAUGCUCGCUCGUCGUCGCGAACAUGCAAAUGCAGUCUUACGGCAAGUACACAGAAGAACAGCAGACGGCACUGAAAGCUCGCAAUAAAGACUUGAUUGGCAAAAUCCGUCACUACGACGAGAUUGUCAGCCACGGGAAGAACCAAAACGUGAUCAGGGGUUUCAUCGCCGACAGGACGUUCGACAAGGCCCUCAAAAAGGACUACUACCAGAGAGUAGAUGGCAGCAUGUGGGGGCUGGGUGACUUGGAUCUGGUGAAGUUGGCGUUGGAGUUCCAGCCCUCCGAAGGUACUGGGGGCUCUGAAGCAAUGAGGACUGACUGGCUUGUUGGGCCUUGUCCGCCGGGAUAUCAUCAACCACAAUGGGAGAGGAAGGAAAACAAGGACUUCGAGCCAAUCCAGCCAACAGCAGAUGGUCUGAAGAAGGAGAAGAAUGUUUAA